UAAAGACUACCACAGGUGAGCAGUUCCAUCGUGCAAUGAUGUCCCGAUUCGCACGCCUAACAGCACUCACAGUGGGAACGUUCUGCAUCGCAUCGUGCAGUACCGGGUACAGUCUGCUUCGAUCCGAGGUAACGACGACCCGCAACACGAACAGCCUUACCGACAUAGUCGGUAUUAUACUGCACACGCACUUCCGGACACCGUUCGCCACGACGAUCGUAUCGAUGCGAAGCGCCACGCAGCAGGGCCAGUGGCGUCUGCAGGAUCUGCUCGAACGGCUGCUGGUACAGCACGGCCGGGGUCAGCUGGUCGUACAGCUGGAAGGCAUUGAAUCGCACGGUGAACAGCAACCACCCUGGUCGCGUAGUUUACUGCUGGCGGAGAGCUUCGACGCGCUGCGCACCGUGUUCGGGGAGCUGACGUUGGACCGGUUCGACUUCUCUGGACGCUAUCUGAUCGUGCUGGAGGACGCUCCGGUAACGCUCGCGACGGUGGACCGUAUCUUCAACGAGCUGUGGGUAAGGCAGAUAGUGAACGUGGUGGUGGCACUGCGCACGACCGAUGAGGAUGAGCGUACCGGACCGGUGCAGCUCUGGACGUACUAUCCGUUUUCGCCCGGGUUGUGCCGGAUCCCGAAACCGUACCUGCUGUUCACCUGGCCGCAAGACACCGUCCUGUACGGGGUUGACUUCUAUCCGCGCAAGAACGUCCAGUUUCACGGGUGUCCGCUGCGCGUCGGUAGCUUCGAGACGCGCCCGUUUACGGUGCUGGAGGCCGGUGCCGGUGUUGCUGUUGGCGCCGGUCCGACUCUGUCCGGGUUCGAGGGUGAUCUACUGCACAGUCUAGCGCUGAGGUUCAACUUCGACGUGAAUGUGCGCGUGCCACCACGAUCCCAGCAGUGGGGAGAUGCCGCGUUCGAGAACAGUACCGGCAUGAUGCGCAUGAUCUACACGGAGGAAGUGGACUUCGGUAUCUCCUGUCUCGGGGUGUCGUACGAGCGUAGCGCUAUGCUUAAGGCAGGCAAGGUACACUUCACCACCGAGCUCGUAGUGGUCGUGCCUCCCGGCACACCGUACACCGCGUUCGAGAAGCUGUUUCAACCCUUCCAAAUAGCCAUCUGGAUAGCGACCGGACUGUGUACCGGGAUCGGAUUUCUGGUGAUUGCCGGUCUGCAACUGCUGCCCACCAAUGGAACGCGUGCCACCGUACGACGCUACAUUGUCGGCGAUCGGGACCAUCACUCGCCCGUCCUUAACAUCGUGCGCGUGCUGCUAUCUGCUCCGCUACCUUUCACCCCCACCGGUACCUUCCCCCGGACGCUGUUAUCGCAGUGGAUGCUGGUCUCCCUGCUGCUGAACCUGCUCUACCAAGGUUCACUCUUCCAGUAUCUGCAGCGUGCGUCCAUGCAUCAACCAAUGAUGACGCUAGCGGAGAUCGAUCGUUCCGGCGCCCUGUACCACAUCAGCGAAUCGGCCCGUCGCUACUUCGACCAGUACCCUCAACGGUUACCCCGGCUACGCUUCUUUCCCAACGUGCCGGACAGUAUCGCCGCUCGGCUGCGUUGGAUGGGUGAACAUCCGCGCGAUCCUAAUGUGGCGAUGUGUACGCGUGACCAUGUCGCCUACUACAACGCACAGCAUGGCCAGCGGGCUGACGGUAAACGGUUGCUGAUUGCACGCGAAUCGAUGGCCCUGUACACGGUUACGAUACUCUACCCGAAGCGUUCGAUGCUGACGGCGAGCUUUGACGAGCAUAUCGAGCGGAUUGAUUCGUCCGGUUUGCUGAAGCACUGGUCCGCCCGGUACGGUGACUAUCACUUCUUUGGCUCGAGGAAAUCGGACCGCCGCACGGAACCUUCGCCGAUCAAUGUGGCACAACUGGCUGGAGCAUUGCAGCUGCUGAUCGGGAUGCUCCUUGGAGCCACACUACUAUUUUUCGCCGAACUUGGCUGGGCACGACACGGCACGCGGUGGAUCACGAGAUAAAGGAUAACACAUCAACGAGGCUCUAGCAGCUAGCUGUUAGUCUAGGAGCCUUUUAUAUGCAAAAGAAGAAGUACGCGCUGUCCGGGAGUCUACAGGUCGGCCGAAUAAAUAAUAUAACAUAGCAAAGCUACAAAAGGUGUUUUAUUUGAAAUUUUGAAAUAGCCGAACAGGUGACUCCCUUCUAUAACGCUACUGUCUUCUA